CACACGCUCACGCAGAGUCGCACCCGCCGCCAUGUCCUUCGCUCUCCGCGCCGUGCGAGAGGCCACUCCGCCCCUCCGCGUCGCUCAGUCCUCCGUUCGCUACGCGAGAAAAGAUGCGGGUCCCGACCCGCGAGUCGAGCACAUCCGCCGCGCACUCUACCCGGGCAACAUCCGCAACAAGGAGACACCGAUCGGGUCGUGGAGACCGAACGUCGGCGGACGGCUCCAGCGCGCGAUACCCUCUGUGCAGGCGCACGAAACGAUAGAGCGGGCGUGGUUCCUCCACCAGCGACACGUCCGCAAGAGACGCGAGGCGGAGCUCGAGCGCAAGCACCGGUUCAUGGUGCGGGCGAUGGAGGUGCUCCACGAGCUCGACCCGAAGUUGUAUAAGCAAGCGAACCAGGAGGAGGACCCGAGGGUACGAAGGCCAGAGGAGAUUGAAUUGGCGAAGACGUUGAAGGCGCCAGAGAAGAGGGCCUUGGAGUCGAGGAUACGGGGACUCUUCCCAAGGGAGCUGCGUGUACCGACGGAUACACCACCACGGAGUGGGUGGAACUACGACUGGAAACCCCCCUUUCCACGUGUAUAGGACGGCAUAGAUGCAGCUAUCUCCGUACAGGAGGCCUAACGCAAUUCAGCUAUACGUCUAGUCAGACUAGCCAGCCGCUCCUCACCUCCGGGAGGCCUUUGCUUACUUAUGGUCAGGUUGUCAAUGUUGGCGGAGUAAUAGACCACUACGCGGACACGAGGCUUGCCGUCCAU